UCUGGAACGCAUCUUAUUCACAUGGCGAUGUAGCGGGUGUUAUAUGAUUAUACAUAUGAAUAUAGUGUGCACGUGAAGUUGAUAGAAUCUUGAGAUUUACAUUUAUAACUGAAAGUAAAAUUUUUGGAAAAAUUAUCGUGAUCUAUAUAAUUUGUGGCAAAUUUUUCAAACAUGUUGCUUGAUCCGAAAUUAACGAAUACAUCACCGAACUUUGGUAAACCAUCGGACAAACAAAACGAGCUAUUGCAAUCUCUAGGUACACCUCAUAUUGAUUCUUUUAAUUAUAUGUUGGAAGAUGGUCUUUCCCAAAGUAUAAAAGACAGCACACCAGUAUAUUUAACUCUUCCUAAUGACGAUAAAGUAGUCCUCUGGCUGGAUGAUGUACAUAUCCAUAAGCCCAGUGUUCCCUCUGGUACAAUUGGUGUAAAAACAUAUAAAAUAUAUCCAACAGAAUGUCGACAGAGAGGUGGUACAUAUAAGGGUAAGAUAAUGGUGAGACUUGGAUGGUCUGUUAAUGGUAAAGAACAAGAAAUUCUUGAGAAGGAUCUGGGGGAAGUUCCAAUCAUGGUCAAGUCUAAUCGAUGCCAUCUGAACAAAAUGAGUCCUGAGGAAUUAAUUGCUCAUGGUGAACAUGAACAAGAAUGGGGAGGUUAUUUUAUAAUCAAAGGUUUAGAGCGACUUGUACGUAUGUUAAUAAUGACAAGACGGAAUUAUCCAAUUGCUAUUAAUAGGCCAGUUUGGAAAGGUCGUGGUGAACAAUUUAGUGAGUUAGGCAUUUUUUUAAGGAGUGUGCGGGAAGAUAAUACUACUGUUAACAACGUGCUGCACUAUGUAACCGAUGGAUCUGCGAAAUUUGCAUUUACCUACAGAAAAUCUACGUACUACGUGCCAUUAAUAAUGAUGUUAAAAUGUUUGAUAGAUGUGACCGAUUUAUAUAUUUAUAAAACGUUAAUUGCUGGUUGUGAAGAUGAUCAUUAUUAUAAUAAUUGUAUUAUGAAUAUGUUACGUGCUAUACAUGAAGAAGGUUUACACUGGCAUGAACAGUGUAAAGCAUAUAUAGGAAGGAUAUUUAAGGUAAAAUUCUCUGAAUUACCUGCCGAUGCAACUGAUAUAGAUGUUUGCAAUUACAUCAUUAAGCAUUGCGUCGCUAUUCAUCUUGAUGAGCCUAUUGACAAAUUUCAUUUACUCGCAUUUAUGACUAAAAAGCUCUUCGCUUUUGCGAAUAACAAAUGCGUUGUUGAGGGUGCGGAUGCCGUAAUGAUGCAAGAAUGUUUGUUGGGUGGUCACUUGUAUCUACAAGUUCUCAAAGAGAAACUGAGUUCAUGGCUAGCAGGGCUCAAACAUUAUAUUCUCAAGCGUGCCAAGAGUGCUGGUAAUAGAUACACCUUAAAUGUCCAGGAAAUGUUAAAUGUCACUAAAGUACGAAGUAAUAUUGAUUCGCAAAUGGAGUACUUCUUAUCCACUGGAAGCGUAAAAUCGUCCACUGGUCUGGGGCUCAUGCAAACCUUUGGUCUUACAAUUUUCGUGGAAAAUAUCAACAGGAUGCGUUAUAUGAGUCAUUUCCGUGCGAUACAUAGAGGCGCAUUCUUUCAAGAUAUGAGAACUACCGAAGCUAGACGGUUGUUGCCUGAUGCAUGGGGAUUUAUUUGUCCGAUUCAUACACCGGAUGGCGCUCCAUGCGGUUUGCUCAAUCACUUAACAAUGAAUUGCAUUGUCACAAAACAUCCAGAUCCAAAAUUAAAAGCCGGGAUACCUGCAGUAUUGGUAGAGCUUGGAAUGAUUCCAUUAUCUAUCGCAGAUGAUUGGAAAAAUUCAUAUAGUGUGUUAUUAGAUGGAAAAUUAAUCGGGUUAAUUCAGGACAAAAUUAUCAAUAAAGUAGUGUAUAAGCUUAGAUUGCUUAAGACAAAGGGUCAAGAAGUACCAUCAACAUUAGAAAUUGCAUUGGUGCCAAAGAGAAAUGUUCCAGCUCAGUAUCCGGGAUUAUUUUUAUUUACUAAUGCAGCUAGAAUGAUGAGACCAGUGAUAAAUUUAGCUACACAGCAGAUUGAAUUCAUAGGGACAUUUGAGCAAAUUUAUAUGGAUAUCUGCGUGCUUCCUCAAGAAGCAUAUGAAGGAAUAACGACUCAUCAAGAAGUAAGUCAAACAACAAUCUUUAGCAAUUUAGCUAAUCUUAUUCCGUUGCCGGAUUGUAACCAGAGUCCAAGAAACAUGUAUCAGUGUCAGAUGGGUAAGCAAACUAUGGGUACACCAUGUCACAAUUGGCAACAACAGUCACAAACGAAAUUAUAUAGAUUGCAAACACCCGCUGCACCACUCUUUAGGCCAGUACAUUAUGAUAAUAUUAAUAUGGAUGACUUUCCAAUGGGUACUAAUGCGAUAAUCGCUGUUAUUUCAUAUACGGGAUAUGAUAUGGAAGAUGCGAUGGUCAUCAAUAAAUCAUCGUACGAACGUGGUUUCGGACAUGGAACGAUUUAUAAGUCUGAAUUUGUUGAUUUAAAUGAUAAAAGUUACUUCGCUCGCAAUUUAGAGAAACCUGAGCUUGCAAAAACAAUCGAUGUUGACGGUUUGCCUAUACCAGGUACUCUUAUCAAAGAGGGAGAUCCGUAUUAUUCUUAUUACGAUGCCGAAAAUGCUCAAUAUGUCAUUGGAAAAUACAAAGGCACAGAAAAUGCUUACGUCGACACUGUAAAAUUGUGCGGUACAUUGAAUCAGGAUCCCCGAAGAGCAUGCAUUACAUUCCGUGUUCCUAGAAAUCCUAUGGUUGGAGAUAAGUUUGCGUCAAGAGCGGGGCAAAAAGGAAUUCUCUCGCGACUAUAUCCUGUCGAGGACUUACCGUUUACAGAGACCGGAAUGGUUCCUGAUAUUAUAUUUAAUCCACAUGGUUUCCCGAGUCGUAUGACAAUAGCUAUGAUGAUUGAAGUAAUGGCCGGAAAAUCGGCGGCUAUACACGGAUUGGUUCAUGAUGCCACACCCUUUAGAUUCGACGAGGACAAUACGGCCAUUGACUAUUUUGGAAAAUUAUUAGAACUCGGUGGUUAUAAUUAUUACGGAAACGAAAGAAUGUAUUCAGGUUUUUAUGGACGCGAAAUGACAGCCAGUAUCUUCUUUGGCAUUGUACAUUACCAAAGAUUGCGACACAUGGUUUCUGAUAAGUGGCAGGUGAGAAGUACCGGACCGAUAGACAUGCUAACGAGGCAACCUAUCAAAGGUCGUCGACGUGGUGGCGGUAUUCGAUUUGGAGAAAUGGAACGAGACGCUUUGAUUUCUCAUGGUUGCUCAUAUCUUCUUCAAGAUCGUCUUUUUCAUUGUUCCGAUAAAAUUACGACUUUAGGAUGUCUAAAGUGCGGGUCAUUACUUGGACCAGAAGUAAUAUCGAAAAGUAAAUACCGUGAAGAUGAAAAAAGAUGCCGUCUAUGCGGUGAAGAAGAUUUCGUAGAGGAAAUCGAAAUACCAUAUAUUUUUAGAUUCCUUUUGAUACAAUUAGCAUCCUGCAAUAUAAACGUUAAAAUGAAAUUUAAACGAGUUUAACCAACCGCGGACAAUAUGAUUGUAUGUAUAUAUAUAUA